CUAUCCCAAAAGGACCCAAACCCGCAAAGUUUGUCUCAAACCUGUGUCUUUUGCGCCGACCAACCGUUUUUCUUUUCAGCUCACUGUCAUCUGCCGCCUGCCGUCUUUCCAGCCACCGUCGACCGUCGUUCGCCCUCCGUGAAUCUUCACUUGAGUCUUGACAACACACAACAGCAGCACUACAGCAGCUGCCGUCUUUCCAGUCACCGUCGACCGUCUUCGCUCACCCUCCAUGAAUCUUCACUUGACAACAGCUCUACAGCAGGUUUCGCAAAUCCAAGCCCAAAUACAGUGAAGUAAAGCCUUCGUGGUUUCUGGCAAGCAAGAGGGUUUUAGGUUUCGCAAAUCCAUGACGACUCGAAUCGCUCCUGGAGUCGGAGCCAAUUUGCUCGGCCAACACUCUGCCGAGCGAAACCAAGACGCCACUGCUUAUGUCGGCAAUCUCGAUCCACAGGUUACCGAAGAGUUACUGUGGGAAUUGUUUGUUCAAGCUGGUCCUGUUGUUAACGUGUAUGUUCCAAAAGAUAGAGUGACAAACCUUCACCAAGGAUAUGGAUUUGUAGAGUUCCGAAGUGAAGAAGAUGCCGAUUAUGCAAUUAAAGUGCUUAACAUGAUUAAGCUAUAUGGGAAGCCUAUACGAGUGAAUAAGGCAUCCCAAGAUAAAAAGAGCUUGGAUGUGGGGGCAAACCUUUUUAUUGGAAACCUUGAUCCUGAUGUGGAUGAGAAACUACUUUAUGAUACUUUCAGUGCAUUUGGAGUCAUUGUUACAAAUCCCAAGAUAAUGAGAGAUCCUGAUACUGGGAAUUCCCGUGGCUUUGGUUUCAUAAGUUAUGAUUCUUUUGAGGCAUCUGAUGCAGCUAUUGAGGCAAUGAAUGGUCAGUACCUUUGUAACCGGCAAAUUACUGUCUCAUAUGCUUAUAAGAAAGACACUAAAGGAGAGCGCCAUGGUACCCCAGCUGAGAGAAUUUUGGCGGCUAAUAAUCCAGGUACUCAGAAGAGUAGACCACACACUUUGUUUGCCAGUGGACCUCCGACACUUCAGAAUACUCAGGCCAAUGGUGCUGUUGGGGGACCCAUGCCUCCUCGGCCUUUUGCAAAUGGUGCUGCUCCAGGUCCUAUUCCAGCUAUUCGCCCAGCACCACCACCACCACCACCACAAUCUGGAGCCUUUGCGUCCAUUCAGGUUGCUGGACAAGCAGCUUGGCAGGGUCAGCCUCAGCAAUUAGGUCAAGGAGUACCGCAACAGGUCCUGCCUCCGCCAGGUAUGCAGUACAGGCCACCCCCAGCAAACAUGCCACCACCUCCUCAGGUACCUUCAAUGCAUCAAAGGCCACCCCCACCACCAAUGGGAAUGGGUGGUCAACCACCUGUCUGGCGGCCUCCACCACCCCCACAGCAGCAACAGCUAGGAAGACCCCCCAUGCAGCAUAUGGGAAUGGCACCACCUCCUCCGCCCAAUGUCCCUGCACCACCCCCAAAUUGAAAACUUGAGAAUUAUCUUAAAAGCUGCUGAUAACUCGUGAUUUUUUGUCUGUAUUUUGAAUAUUGCUGAUUGUAUAACUUUUUGUUAGUUAGAAUGAAUAGAUGGUUCUAUGUACUGAUCUUAGUAAUGAAUAUAUAUCCGAUUAUCAGUCAAGGAGGAGGCCAUUAACAUGUUUAAA